AUGGUAUUUUUGUGGAAUCAGCCAUUAUGGCUGGCAAUCAUUGUCUUCUCGACCUUGGUGUCUUUGGUCUCUUCCAGCAAACAAUGCGAGUCCUCUCGAUACGAACACAAACCCCGGGUCUUUGUCCUUACCGACAUGAGCAACGAGCCAGACGACCAAAUGAGCCUCGUCCGUUUCCUUACCUACGCCAAUGAGCUAGACAUUCGAGGCAUCGCGGCGAUAACUUCGACCUGGCUCCGAAACCGUACGGAUCCCGAUACUAUCCGAGAGGUCAUCAAAGGGUAUGGAGAAGUGGUCAGCAACCUCAACAGCAAUGUCCCUUCCGGCGCCGCUUACCCAUCAGCCGAGGAGCUUCUGGGUAAGGUAUCAAGUGGUCACCCAGUGUAUGGUCUUGCAUCGCUGGACCAGAACAACAUGAGUGAUGCAGCCGUCGCUCUUGUUCAAGCCGCAGACGAAGCUGGUGCUGCGGGUCCGCUGUGGGUGUCAAUUUGGGGCGGAGCAGCUGUUCUGGCUGAAGCUCUGCAGCACGUCUCGUCAACGCGUGAUGCUGAAACUGCAGGCAAAUUCGUCGAAACUCUCCGCGUAUACUCUAUUUCGGACCAGGAUGACGCUGGGCCAUGGAUUCGCGAUCGGUUCCCGAACUUGUUCUACAUCGUCUCCCUCCAUGGCUGGAACGAAUACACACAACCAACAUGGAUCGGUAUCUCGGGAGAAGAGUAUCGCCACUUUGAUAAAGGCGGGCCAAAUACGGAAAUUGUCUCCAACACUUGGCUGCAAAAGCAUAUUCGUGUCGGACCUCUGGGCUUCCACUACCUCAACUGGACAUUCAUCAUGGAAGGCGAUACCCCAGCCUUCUUGUCUCUCGUCCAGAAUGGACUUGGAGAUAUCGACAAUCCCCAAUGGGGUGGAUGGGGCGGCCGAUAUACGUUGCUGGAUACAUCUACAGUCGACGGGGGCCACCGAUUGUACACAGACACUGCCGAUUAUGUUCGUGGCGAGAAUGGGGACGCAUUCUCCAGCAAAUAUGCAACUAUUUGGCGAUGGAGGGAAGAUUUCCAGCACGAUUUUGCUACGCGAAUGCAAUGGACCAUCAACGAAAAGUUUGGCGAGAAUAAUCACCAGCCGAUCGCUAUUGUCAAUGGCUCUUGUGGUCCGUCAAGUCUCGACGUUGAGUAUCAGUUUGGUGAAAGCCUGGUCUUUGAUGCGGCUGAAAGCUGGGAUCCAGACUCCGAUAUCCUGUCGUUUGAAUGGUUCCAUUAUCGUGAAGCGAGUGGCAGGGACUUGGAAGGUUUCACUAUUCCCUUGAUCAGUCCAAAUUUGGACAUCGUGAACUUGACUGCAGAUGGCAGCGUUGUCAGGGUGGAACCCCUCAAGAAUCAAACAAUGCAUCUCAUACUCUCUAUUCGAGACAAUGGGGAUAUGCCCUUGGUGACCUACAGAAGGAUCAUUCUGCAGCCCUCUUCGUAG